CUGCGGUCUGAGAACUCGUCCUUAAACGUUCUGCUUGUGUUCUGCUUUCUUUCCUCUUUGGGGAUGAAUCAGCCGGUCAAGAAGAAGAAGAUCAAACGAGAGAUCAAGAUCCUGGAAAACCUCCGAGGGGGGACCAACAUCAUCCGGCUGGUGGACACAGUCAAAGACCCGGUGCUGCGUCUCAUCGACUGGGGCCUGGCGGAGUUCUACCACCCCUCCCAGGAGUACAACGUCCGAGUGGCCUCGCGCUACUUCAAAGGCCCCGAGCUGCUGGUGGACUACCAGAUGUACGACUACAGCCUGGACAUGUGGAGCCUGGGCUGCAUGCUGGCCAGCAUGAUCUUCCAGAAGGAGCCCUUCUUCCACGGGCAGGACAACUACGACCAGGAGCCCUUCUUCCACGGGCAGGACAACUACGACCAGGUCUGUGGGCCUCAGCCUGGGGGGGCGGGAGGGGGGCUGGUGCGGAUCGCCAAAGUCCUGGGCACGGACGAGCUGUUCGGCUACCUGCGCAAAUACCACAUCGAGCUGGACCCGCGUUUCAAAGACCUGCUCGGGCAGCAGAGCAGGAAGCGCUGGGAGCAGUUCAUCCAGACGGAGAACCAGCACCUGGUGGGUCCGGAGGCUCUGGACCUGCUGGACCAGCUGCUGCGCUACGACCACCAGCAGCGUCUGACGGCGGCCGAGGCGCUGCAGCACCCCUACUUCUACCCGGUGGUGAAGGAGCAGUCUCUGACCAACUCUGACAACAACACGGUUUCCAGUGGCAACAGCACGGCGCGGUGA